GUUGCUGCAUCUCUGCCUCGCCUGCCUGCCUGGCCUCACAGAGCCCCUGUCUCGGCAGUCUCCCUAAUGCAAACGUAUAUGCACUGCUCAGUAAUGGGGAUCGCUGUGAACCUGGGCGCUUGCAUUUCCUCUUAACGGAGAGAGACGGACGAAUAACAGACUCGACAUCGGUAAAGUGUGCUAUUUAAAAACUGGAGCACUGCGUUCGUUUAUCAUAUUUGUGUUUAUAACCGUUUUUAUUUAUUCUCAAAACGUUGCUGCCGGUCUUCAAAUAUAGCCCGAUUAGGAAGUUCUCGUCAAUAAGAGCAGGAUAAUCGCACAUCAAGUCCAGCUCAGUCUUUCUCCAGACCGAUAGCCGAUUUGAGGACUCCGAAGGAUUUCUUUAUCUAUUGGCCACUACGUCCAUGUCUUUGAAGACGGAUUAUCCAAACCAUAAAACAAGGAAACUCCUUCCUAUCGAGACCUUGGCUCCCCAAGAAUGAGCUGUCAAUAUCAUUCACAGCUUUGUGGAAGAUACCUGUGUCGCUGAUGUUUAAGCCAAGGACUUAUCCUCCAGGCCUGUCGUCUCUUCCCGGCUGGGGAGUCUUCUAGAAGGGGGCCCCUCUUGACCACAAUGAAAGGGUUAGGAGCCAAACGCAACCGCCAUCUGUCUGACUCCUGCGACCCCACCCAGGGCCCCCCGGAGCCCCUGUACUCACACCAGGCCUCCACCCUGCCUCGGAGCCCCUAUCUCCUCAGCCCCACCAGCAUGGACCACUACGGCACCAUGGAUCCCCGCCACUACAACCCCAGUAUGGAAGCCCACCACAACCAGGGAUCCCUGCCCCCGGACUACUCCCUCCCCCUCAACAACCAGCUGUCCAACAGCAGCACCUUCCCCCAUGUCCACUACAACUCACAUUAUGACCCCAGCGACUUCUCCCCGCCACAGGAGGACAGCAUCGGCGGCAUAAGUACAGGAACCCUGGGCACCUCCAUGUCGAUGGGGAUGGGGAUGCAUGGAAUGGGGGGCCUGCAGAGCAGCCGGGGGGCCAUGAUCACCAGUGGUUCUGCUACUAUCUCCGGCGGGUCCAAGAUGAACCGGCAGUUGCAGCCCAACCUCUUGGACCAGUUGGACCAGGGGCCUCGUGACGGCUUCAGCACGCUGCAGUUCCACCGGGGCACAUCGGCUGCCCUCUCCGUCGCCUCCAAGCAGCGCACCGACAGCCCCGGGCGCAUCCGUAACCUGAUGUGCUCCGUCCAGAAGCUCUUCGCCAAGUCACAGUCCAUGGACGGUCACAACCUCAAGGGCGUCAACGGGCGUUCGGGGACAGGUAGCGGUAGCGGCGGGACCUCGUCUGGAACCGAGGACAGUGGGAAGCGGGACCGGCGAGCAAAGAGCAAAGACCGGGGCGGAGCCAAGUCAGAUGGGGGCGGGACGGGUAAGCGGCGGCCGCGUUCCAACAUGUCGGGCUACUGGAGCUCGGACGACCUGGACAACGCCGACCUCAGCAACUACCGCAACCCCAUAGCCAUGACGCUGGGACGCCCCACCACCCAUGCCACCCAGCACACUACCCAUGGUAUUACCUACGAUGCUCAGCAGGGGGCACUACAGCAGCAGCAGGGACAGCAGAGCCGCUACGUGGUCCACAGUGGCUACAACACCAUUAGUUCGUCUAAGAGCAGCAACGAAGUCAUGAAGUACCAGCAGAUGCUGGCAGGACCCGGAGGUGGGGGAGGAGGGGGAAGUGGGGGAGGAGGGGGAGGAGGGAUCAGCAUGGGAGUGAACACCAAUGACUUUAUAAAGGGAGGUUCGUGGUCGACGCUGACCCUGGGUCAGCCCAGGCAGGUGCUGCAGAAGGGCCACUCGGCUACCCUAGACCGGUCCAUGCUCAAGUCCAAGUCGUGCCAGCAGGAGCUGGCCUGCCACUACCUGCAAGUGGGCCGACAGGGGGACUGGAGUAGCACGCUGGGCCGCAGCGGAGGAGGAGGAGGAGCCAAUGAGAUCCCAUGUCGGCGCAUGCGGAGUGGCAGCUACGUGAAGGCCAUGGGUGACCUAGAGGACAGCGACGACUCAGACGGCAGCCCCAAGCCCUCGCCCAAAAUGGCUGCCCGCCGUCAGAGUUACCUCAGGGCCACCCAGCAGUCUCUGAGCGACCAGCUACCGCCAAGCAACUGUCUUCCGUCACUGCGAGAGCUGUCUACUAAUCGUAGCCUGGACAACCUGGACUGUCUGGGGGAUCCGGUGAGGGGCUCCCUGUUCCCCCGCUGGGACGAUGAGGACCUCAGCCAGGGAGGCGGCUGCAGCACCCUGGGGAGGAGCAGCUACAUGGGCCAGCUGCAGGACCUGGAGAUGAUUAGCCAAUGCUACGACGAUAGCUGCUCUGAGUCGGCGUUCCGAGAAUCCCACACACUCUCACACUCCCAUUCCCAGGCGGUAGAGCCUCCAGAUCUACCAAAGCCCACGUGCUUCCGAUCCCGUAGCCAUAGCUACCUGCGGGCCAUCCAGGCCGGAUGCUCACAGGAUGACGACACUGCUUCCGUGGACUCGGAUUCACCGCCGCCCACCGCCACUACCGUUCACACCUAUAGCACCAGCACUGUCUCCACAUGCAUCACCACCUGUAAGAAGCCUGUGCCACCACCCGUGCCGCCCCGCACCACUUCCAAGCCCUACAUUUCUGUGACGGUGCAAAGCAGCACUGAGUCAGCCCAGGACACCUACCUGGACCACCAGUCUGAGCGUGAUCGCCGCAGCAGGACCAUUACCAGUCAGUCCAGCCAGGCCCACAGCAACUCCUCCGACAGCCUCGACAGCACGCGCACCAACAGUUUGGCUCGGGGUCUCCCUUGGCCCAUCCCCGUCCCUGUCGCCACCCCCCGGGAACCCCUCACCACCACCACCGUCCACCACACCACCACCGGGACUGACACCAACGACUCCCAGCGUGAAGCCUUGAAGACGACGGGCACCAACAGGGGGAACUUGAUGGCAGAGGAGCCCCUUGCGGACAUCGUGCCCCGGAGGAAGCUUUCCUCCAUAGGCAUACAGGUUGACUGCAUUCAGGAGGAAGUCCAACGAGUGGAGACACCGACACCACCAUUGGCCAGAUUCCAGUCAAUCGGAAUACAGGCGGACGACGGCUGGCAGCUCAGUCGCUCCAGUAACAUGGCUUCCAAGCAGGAGACAGACUCAGACCUACAGGACCUCCCUGUCAUCUCCCACGCCAAGCCCGUCCCCGAGAAGAAGAGCAUGGUCAACAACGCCUGCCAAUCCAUGGACUCUCCCCCGAGCGGCGGCCAGUUCAGCCAAGGCAACGGAUCAAAUCCCACCGCUGACAACAGUACGUCUCCACCUCCGCUACGGCAGUUCCUCAACCGCUCCACCACACGGUCCUCCUCCGACUCCUUCGCCGAGAGCCUGGAUCCGGCCCUGGACCCCUCGUUCCUACCCCCUCCGGACCCCUGGCUGGAGAGUGGGAAUGAGACUGGGGGCAGUGGGAACCCUAACGCGGUGCCCCCUCCAGGCCCUGCAUGCCGGCGGGACGGCCAUUGGUUCCUCAAGUUGCUGCAGGCAGAGACGGGCCGCAUGGAGGGCUGGUGCCAGCAGAUGGAGCAGGAGACCAAAGACAACCAGCUCUCAGAGGAGGUGUUGGGAAAAGUCCGCAGUGCAGUGGGCAGUGCUCAGCUCCUCAUGACCAAGAAAUUUGAGCAGUUCAGAGGACUGUGUGAACAAAACUUGAAUGUGAACGCCAACCUGAAGCCCACAGCCCAGGACCUGGCAGGCUUCUGGGACCUGCUGCAGCUCUCCAUCGAGGACAUCAGCCUCAAGUUUGAUGAGCUCUACCACCUGAAGUCCAGCGACUGGCAGCCCCCUGCUGUGGCCCACUCGCCACCCGAGCGGAAGGAGGAAAAGAAAGAGCCCCCUCCUCCAGUGCCAAAGAAGCCCGUUAAGGGGAGGCCGAUGCUGGGACGUGAGAAGAGCGUCGACUCCGCCUCUUCCACCUCUUCAGCGGAGAAGCACCGGACGGAGGCCCGCAGGCGACUGCUGGCCGCCAAGAGGGCCGCCUCGGUUCGGCAGAACUCAGCCACGGAGAGUGCCGACAGUAUUGAGAUCUACGUCCCCGAGGCCCAAACACGUCUCUGAGAGAGCGAGAGAGGGGGAGAGGGAGAUAGGAGGAACUGCCUCUGAGAUGGAGGGGAGGGUUGGGGUCUUCUCGCCAUACACACACAGGGUAGGCUGGUCCUGGUGGCAGCAAAUCUAGAUUAAGUGAGAAAGAGAGGAAACAAGAAAAUAAAAACUAUUGGGCUGUAGACUAUGGGGAACUCUCGUCUCCUCUCACGAGGCUGCCAUGGAAAAACCUCAACCGCAAACUUUGUUACUAUUGUUAGUACUCUUGAUUACAAAAAUUAUAAAAAUGGUUAUUGAUGAUGAUAUUAUCUCCUAAAGAACCUAUAUCAAGACUGUUUUAGAUGUACCUGUAUCUUGGCUGUAACAGAUCUAAUAAGCGGACAGAGUAAGCAUUUGUGCUUUCCGCCGCUCCUCCCUGACUCCCUACCCAUGCCUUGGCCAACACGUAGUUUGCACGACGCCACCAUGUGGUUUAAUGUACACACUUACUCAGAGGAGCACACACACACGCUUCAGACCCUCAGCUAUCUAUGUCUUCCUGGUGCUUUUUUGUUUGUUUUUAUUUGUUUUGUAAGAGCCCCUUGCCUGCAUUCAAAGCAGUUCUAGAUUCUUAAGAGGUUUUGGAGAGCAAGGAACCGAGAACUAAGGGUGGAAAUAACAAGUAUCACCACUUGUAUAAGUGAGAUCUAUUGAAAAGCACAAUUGAUGUUUACUUAGUUCAUUUUUUGUUUAAAAAAAAGAUGUAUUUUUAUUUUUUAUUUAUUCAACAUUUUAGGUACUUUUUAACUGACUCAAAACAUACUCAAAACAUACUCACAAGUCACAAUAUUUUCUGGAAUGUAAUUUGGAUAUCCUAUUAUUCCAUUGAGAUUAUAUAGUUUUCUGCCAUUUUAGUUUUAGGAUGUAUUCAUCAGCCAAUGUCCACAGUCCCAUGACAAUGGCCACGCUUUGUACAUUAAUUUCUUUGUAUUGCUCUGUGAAUUUAUUUCUAGGUCAUAUUCAUUAUGCACUUAAUCAGUUUCACCUUUUGCUACAGUGUGCCCUAAUGAAUAAUAUCAUGGUGUGGGUAUAUCAGAGCAAUUGAAUAUAAUUCAGGUUUGAGUGAAGGAUCAGGCCCCCAUUGAGAACAAUCCCACUGUGCAAAAUGUGUUUAAGUCUGCAUUGUUUCCUCGUUGUUUCAAUAUCCUUUACCAGCGUAAUGAUGUUGCAUCAUUGUGGCUAUUUCAUUGAACAUUUAAAAAGCCAGUAGGUUUUUAAAGUAGGUACUUCCAGCAACUCAAGCUGGGUUGCAGCAGCAGCAAUAUCACAGGAAUUGAAAGGUUAGAGGGCUUUCUUUCCCCCAACUUCUGCCCAGCGUCUCUCUCUGCAAUGAACCUUUUGUUGUUUUGUCGUCACUGUAUUUCAAUGAGUAAAUUAGUUGGCACGGAUGCAGGUGCGUUUCCCACAUGGGACCCUCACUCAAUAUACAUGGAAAACAUGUGGUCCAUUCCACCGUGAAAUUCCAGUCACUCCAACCAUGAUUUGAAAUGCCCUCCUAUAGAGAAUUUAAAUGGAAUUACGCCCAAUUUGGACUUGUAGUUAAGCAUUAAUUAACUUUGACUAAUGGCUGCACACUGCACUCGGCAAUGGGAAUUUGAUAUUGAUACGUUACACUGAAUAUUCGGUACUACUAUAGGUAUUUGCUACUGCAGGUAGCCGAGCGGCUAAGAGCAUUUGGCCAGUAACCGAAUGGUCGCUGGUUUGAAUCCCCAAGCCGACUAGGUGAAAAAAUCUGUCUGUGCCCUUUAGCAAGGCACUUAAGCCUAAUUACUCCUGUAAGAUUAAAAUCAUGUAAGUGUAAUAUAUUUUUCCACAUCAUGGAUCUUGACCAGACACCCUCUUGGAGACAAGGGAAGGGACUAGGAGAGGAAACCCUGUCUGACUAUUGAGAUGCUUCAGUGACACUGUGUGAAACCAGGAAGUUGUUAUUUUAUCUUCCUAUUGGUCAUAUUUUGCACUACAUCUCAAAUGUCCAUGACACUUUUGGAGGGAACAAAUUCAUCCUGGAAUGAAGAAGAAACGCAUAGUUUUUUAAAAUUGUUCAACCAUAUUGCUAUCUACCAUUGUUGUUUUUGUUAAAUAUCAUCCCCAAAUGACUACACUUUUUUAAAAUUGAGACAAAUCAUUAAAUCUCUAUUACAUUACAUAAAUGUAA